AUGGAUCGGACGGAGUUUGUUUUGCAUGUGAGUGAUAUGUCUGAAAUAAUAAAUGUUGAGGCGUCGACGUCCCCAUCACCCCCGGGAGGGCUACGAGACGAGCGAGGCGACAUUGAACGCGUUAUUGCGAUGGACAAAGCUCGCGAAGGUUCACAUAAUGGUUCAUCGCCUGGCCAUAGUCCUGUUCUCAACCUAUCAAAGUCAGGCUCCGGAGAUCGGGAAAGGACUGACCGUGAACGGGGUGAGAGGGGCGAAGGCUCAGCCAGUGGCCGGAGCUCAGCUGCCUCCCGCCGGACGCCUCAGCCUCCCCGGCUCUCUUCUGCAGCUACAGCACCAUCUCCAAGAUCACAUACGGACGAGAGCGAUGCUGCCCUCUCUGACCAGGAUGACCAUAACGUUAAGGACGAAGAUGAAGGAGGCGAUAUGAGCGACGGAGAAAGAGAUCUACAAUCGGCGAAUUCACCAGCCCCAGUGAGCUAUGCACCUCAGUCAGGCUCCCCACCUUCAGUGCCAGUAGACCCAUCAGCAGACACCCUGGUCUCAUCCACAGAAACCCUCCUAAGAAACAUACAAGGGCUUCUUAAAGUUGCAGCUGAUAAUGCCCGCCAACAGGAGAGACAAAUUAGUUACGAGAAAGAGGAGAAAACUCGCGGCUGGAGUCAUCAUCAAAACUUGAAUAUCAAUAUUGCGCCGCGAGCCAAUUGUAUUAAUAAACAAAACAAAAUGGGAAAUAAUAAUGCUAUAGGCCAACAAAAGGUUCCAUUUCUCCCCUGA